AUGGCCACGCAGGGGACUGUAAAUUGGCUCCCUGUCCUGGUGGUGUGUCUGAUGUACUCAGCCAGAGCCGAAUACUCAAACUGCGGCGAGAAUGAGUACUACAACCAGACCACAGGGCUCUGCCAUGAGUGUCCACAGUGCGGGCCAGGGGAGGAGCCCUACAUGUCCUGUGGCUACGGCGCCAAAGAUGACGACUAUGCCUGUGUCCCGUGCCCAGCAGAGAAGUUUUCCAAAGGAGGCUACCAGAUAUGCAGGCGCCACAAAGACUGUGAGGGCUUCUUCCGGGCCACUGUGCUGACGCCGGGGGACAUGGAGAAUGACGCCGAGUGUGGGCCUUGUCUCCCUGGCUACUACAUGUUGGAAAAUAGACCCAGGAACAUCUACGGCAUGGUCUGCUACUCCUGCCUCCUGGCCCCUCCCAACACCAAGGAAUGUGUGGGAGCCACGUCAGGAUCUUCUGCCAACUUGCCCAGCACCUCUGGCAGCAGCACCCUCUCCCCUUCCCAGCAUGCCUACAAAGCAGACCUCUCAGGCCAAGGACACCUGGCCACAGCCCUGAUCAUCGCCAUGUCCACCAUCUUCAUCAUGGCUAUUGCCAUCGUCCUCAUCAUCAUGUUCUACAUCAUGAAGACAAAGCCUUCUGCCCAAGCCUGCUGUACCAGCCACUCAGUGAAGAGCGUGGAAGCCCAAGUGAGCAAGGAAGAGGAGAAAAAAGAGACCCAAGACAAUGUAGUGAUUUUCUCUGAGAAGGAUGAGUUCGAGAAGCUGGCAGCAACUCCAGCAAAGACUACCAAGAGUGAAAACGACGCAUCGUCGGAGAACGAGCAGCUGCUGAGCCGGAGCAUGGACAGUGAUGAGGAGCCCGCCAUUGACAAGCAGGCCUCCCCAGAGCUGUGCCUGUUAUCCUUAGUUCACUUGACGAGAGAGAAGUCUCCCACCAACAAGAAAUCAACCGGGAUUCAAAGUCGAAGGAAAAAGAUAUUGGAUGUGUAUGCCAAUGUGUGUGGAGUAGUAGAAGGUCUCAGCCCCACAGAAUUGCCGUUUGAUUGCCUUGAGAAGACCAGCCGAAUGCUCAGUUCCACAUACAACUCAGAGAAGGCUGUCGUGAAGACAUGGCGCCACCUUGCCGAGAGCUUUGGACUGAAGAGGGAUGAGAUCGGGGGCAUGACGGACGGCAUGCAGCUCUUCGACCGCAUCAGCACAGCAGGUUACAGCAUCCCGGAGCUGCUCACAAAACUGGUGCAAAUCGAGCGGCUGGAUGCCGUGGAGUCCCUGUGUGCAGACAUACUGGAGUGGGCUGGGGUCGUGCCCCCUGCCCCCCAGCCAUCCGCUACAUCCUAA